AUGAGCAAACAGAACCAUCCUGCCAACUACUAUUACACUUAUACCAGUCCAGCUUCGAGUGCACCACCAGCUAAUGAGAUGCCCUCGUCCUCAUCGGCUUCGGCACCACCUUCUUAUGACGAAGCAGUUGGACAACUCGCUGAUAAUAAUACCACCACUACAAACGACAAGUCAACUCAUGUACCAGAUGCAUCCAUUCCUGCAUACAAUCCAGCUGUAGUACCCGAUCACGACGAUGUCACUGAUCCCUUGUUACAAGAGAGCCACGUCGAGAAUGACAAUGACCCUUAUCGAGGACGUCCUGCACCACCCACUUAUUCUAUCUAUCGAGCACCUUAUGAGACAUCAUCCUCAGGUGAAAUCAUGACACGCGACCAGCACCUUAACCAAGAUGGUGAAGCCAUCCUCCAGUUCCUUCAUCAGCAUAAUACGACACCCAAGAUGGCAGUACGAUUCUAUGGAUACCAUGAGGAGACGCAUUGGCGUACGCGUAGCUCACGUGACAAUGAUGGCAAUUGGGUUGAGGAACGUGAACCAGUAACGACACGUGUGGAUGAUUUUUGCUUUCAAAUUGAUUGCAGCGAAUACGUUUCUCCGCAAUGCAUUGGAAUGUAUGUGACACCCGACAAAAAGACUGGUCAAGUGAAGACUGUACGACAAUUGUGUGAUGAUUACGUCCAUGAGCACAACAAGCUCAAGGAAUUACGACUCACCAAGGUGAUUGAAUGGAAUUAUCCAGAAUUGACACGAGCCUUCACAGCCGCCAUUCGAGCCCAUGGUUAUUAUCACUCGGUGGAGAUCUCAUUCGAGAUGAAGGAAUAUCGAAUCACCAUCAAAUCAGGAUCCGAUUUAUCACGACUUGCUGAUAACAAGGCGGUGCGAUUCUUGUUCUUCAUUACUUGCUUGUGGAUUCUCGCAUGGCCCAUCCUUUGGUUCUAUCGCAAACAUUAUGGUCACAACACCUUACAAAGCAAAUGGAGAAUGAACAUUUCGGAGCGAGACUGGUACAAUCUCAAGGUACAAGAAGUGUUAGGACAAGUGCGUCAUCAAGGUCAAGCUUUUGGUACUGUACCUUUUAUUCUCGGAUAA